ACAGAGAGAGGAGGAGGUCCGGUCCUUGUGCGGCAGCUGUUAGUUGAACUUGCCACCAAGUCAAGAAUGAAUUCCUAUAAUGUCUUUUGACUUAUUUUGUGUGCUGCAAAUAACAAAAAAGGAGAAGAGAGAGGCAAUGAAAAGCCAGGAGAUGCAGUGAUGUGAAUGGGAAGAUGCACCAAUUUGACUGACUGAAAAGAGAAAGAGAGUGACCCUCUGCAGAGAGAGAGAGAGAGAGAGAGAGAGUAUGUGGAAAAGAGGAAGUCCUACACUUCAGGACUUCUCAUGAAGCACGUCAGACGUUACUUAUGAGAAGAAGCAGAGGACCUUCGCCACUAGUGAGGAACGAGGCAGAGGCAACCAGGAGGAGAAUCUGGGUGUUUAUAUGCAAGUGGGGUGAAGAGAGAGACCCUCCUCUCUGUGGGUCAGCCGAUGAGAGAAGAUGAAGAGCCAAAUCUCCAACGCCCUCUCUGACUUCUUCUUUGAGUACGAGACCCCGCGCCAGGUGCUGGUGAGGAACAGGAGGGUGGGAGUGGUGUGCCGUCUGAUCCAGCUGGGGGUCCUGGCUUACAUCAUCGGGUGGGUGUUCAUCUACGAGAAAGGCUACCAGUCCACAGAUACAGCCAUAAGUUCCGUAUUCAGCAAAAUGAAAGGAGUGGGCUAUACCAAUGUGAGUGGAAAUGAGAUGGUCUGGGAUGUGGCCGACUACGUCUUCCCCCCGCAGGGAGACUCAUCUUUUGUGGUCAUGACAAACUACAUCAUAACUGAAGGUCAGAAGAUGGGAAAGUGUCCAGAGCUCCAAGACCAGAACAACUGCAACUCAGAUGGUGACUGUGAAGAAGGGCAAAUCAAACGUACGGGACAUGGACAAAUGACGGGAGUCUGUGUGAAUGACACUAAGACCUGUGAGGUGUUGACUUGGUGCCCUAUUGAGAAUGAUAAGAACAUACCAGAUCCUCCUCUGUUGAUGUCUGCAGAGAACUACACACUGUUCAUCAAAAAUUCUGUAACUUUCCCCUUAUUUGGCGUCACAAGGAGUAACCUGGUGGAGGGUAUUGAUGCUGUGUACAUCAACGAAUGCCUUUAUGAUCCAAAGGAUUCUCCACUGUGUCCCAUAUUCAGACUGGGAGACAUAGUUAAACUGUCUGGCUUCAAUUUUACAACAAUAGCCAAAGUGGGAGGGGCCAUUGGUAUUGUGAUCGACUGGACGUGUAACCUAGAUGUGGAUGUAAAACACUGUAAACCAAAGUACAACUUCCACGGUCUGUACGGAAACCCUGAUGAGACAGACAAAGCCAGAGCUUCAGUGGGCUACAAUUUCAGGUAUGCAAAAUAUUAUAUGGAGGACAAAGUUCAGAAAAGAACCCUUCUGAAAGUAUUUGGGAUCAGGAUCGAUAUCAUUGUGCAGUCACUGGCAAGACAAUUUGAUAUCAUCCCAACACUGACAGCUAUAGGCUCUGGAGUGGGCAUUUUUGGAGUGGCAACUGUAGUAUGUGACUUGGUGCUGCUCUAUUUGCUACCAAAAAGAGAAUUUUACAAGAACAUGAAGUUCAAAUACACAGACUCACAUGUACAGCAUGACAGCGAGUCGCUUGGUUUAGACACAAGCGUCUAUUACACCCUUGAAGCAAAUGCAAGACAAGUCCAAGGCACUGACCAGUCCAACGACCCUGAUUCAGAGGCAGGUAGCACAGAGACUGAGGUAUCUAAAAAGUGAUCUGGGAGCAAACGUAUAAGAUGCUACUUUGAAGGUGUGCUGCACUGGAACUCUGCAAUAGACCCUGCAAGACAACACACACACACACACACACACACACACACACACACAUACUCUAUAUGGACUGGAAAGGACACAGUCAAAUGACAUUGCUUCACGUGUCUUCUAGUUCUUUUUGAUCUUCAGCAACAUCUUCAACUGUACCAACAUCAUUCCUCUCUUAAAGCCACUGAGGCUGACUCUUCCUAUCGUAUAGCAUAGCUCAGCUGUAUGUGUACUUUUUUGGGUGUAGCUCAGUUUGCUUUUGUUAAUACCUUGGGUGUAACCUCCACGUCCAUACAGGUGAAGUAAAUAUUUCUGGCCCUUCGGUGCUCCCGUGUGUACACAAAUCAUCCAUAAGUCAUCCAUUACUUCUGCCACUGCCUUGUCAACGCAAGAUAUACACACAUGUGGCUGUCAUACUGUCAGAGUGAUUCAUCCCGAGUGCACCUUGUGAUCGACAAUUGAAUUCAAUAAAAGAUGUACAGUAACA